AUGGCUGCUGACCACAAGCUGUCGCAAACCACUCCGCCAGCCGACGAUCAACCUGCUGUGGUCGACGUUGACAAAAUCGAUCGCGCAAGCUCCGUCGACACAACGAUGGACCAAAAUACGCUGGCUGAUCAGACGGGUCUGGCGCGCCGAUUCUCUCUCUCCGGCGCCGGCCACAUCUCUCUCGACGAUGUUGAGGCUGUCGACGUUCAGAUUCGCGACCUGGCAGUGAGCGUGGACACCUCGCCUUCAUGGUUCGACCCUGCAACAUACUUAGAGCUUGCAAAGGCAAAGUUUAACCCCCAGUCGAGCUCCAAAACCUUGUUGCAACAUGUCAGCGCUUCCCUGCCCGCCGGGACCCUGACAGCCAUCAUCGGCGGAAGUGGCUCCGGCAAGACGACGCUGCUCAACACCAUGUCGGAGCGUAUGUUCAGCACUCGAUUGUCGCAGGGCGGGUCUAUUACUUUCAAUGGAAACGAGGGCGUACACAAUGCUCGCCAUGCGUAUGUCAUGCAGCAGGACAUUCUUCUGCCGACCUUGACUGUGCGUGAGACACUGCAGUAUUCUGCUGACCUGCGAUUGCCGCCGCCAACGACCGCCGAGGAGCGACGGCGCAUCGUCGAAGAAGUCAUCCUGGAAUUGGGACUGAAGGAAUGCGCCAACACAAGAAUAGGAAACAACCAGCAUCGCGGCUGUUCUGGGGGUGAAAAGAGGAGGGUCAGCAUUGGCGUGCAGCUUUUGGCAAACCCUUCGGUAGUUUUUCUCGACGAACCUACAACCGGUCUUGAUGCGACGAGCGCAUUCCAGUUGGUACGAACUUUGAAGAAGCUGGCCACGAAGGGAAGGACGGUCAUCACCACGAUCCACCAGCCUCGAUCCGAGAUUUGGGACCUCUUUGACAACCUGAUCAUUCUCACCAAGGGCAGCCCGGUAUUCUCUGGCCUUGCCAAGGACUGCGUACCAUGGUUCGAGGGUAUGAAUUUCAAGCUUCCCCCAUUCGUCAACCCGGCCGAGUACGUUAUCGAUGUCGCUGCCAUUGACAACCGCACACCUGAGCUCGAGGAAGAAUCGACAGCUCGAGUUGAUCGCCUGAAGGCGGCGUGGAACCAUGAGAGCCAGCGAAAAUACGCGCCAUCGGAAAAGGCCGUGGAGACAUCAGGCCGUAGACAGAGUCUCAAGUCUGCGACCACGAAGCAUGCCACAUAUGGCCGACAGCUUCGCGUGUUGACCGAUCGAACUUUCAAAAUCACCUACCGCGACCCCAUGGGCAUGGCCGCCGCCAUCAUGGAAGCCAUUUUGAUGGCAAUCAUUACCGGCUACAUCUUUUACGAUCUGCCUAAGGACCUAUCUGGUAUCCGAUCUCGGCAAGGUGCACUCUACACCAUUUCCGGUCUGCAGGGUUACCUGAUGCUCGUGUUUGAGGUGUACCGCCUCACAUUGGACAUCCCGACAUACGACCGCGAACACAGCGAACACUGUGUUGAUGCCAUUCCUUUCCUCCUUUCACGCCGCCUCGCCCGGCUCUUCACCGAAGAUCUCCCUGUGCCGUUUCUUUUCUCGGUCAUCUUCUACUUCAUGGCCGGCUUCGACAACGACGCCACACAGUUCUUCACCUUCUUUGCCAUCACCCUCAUCAGCCAUUACAUCGCAGUCACAUGCGCCAUGACGUGUGUGACAGCAUCUCGCAAUUUCCCGGGCGCCAGUUUGAUUGCAAACAUGGUGUUUACCCUGCAAAGCAUGGCUUGCGGAUAUUUCAUCCAGUCCAACACGAUACCGGUCUAUGUGAGAUGGCUCAAGUGGAUUACGUAUCAGUUCUACGGGUUCGGCGCUUAUUGCGGCAACGAGUUCACAAACGCGCUGUAUGAUUGUCCCUUUGAGGGGGGGUUCUCGAAUCCAGAGUGCAACCAGUAUACCGGUAACUUUGUGAUGAACUCCCUGGGGUUUCCGCCGAACUGGACCUGGCGCCCAAUUAUCAUAAUGGCUUCUUUCGUCGUCUUCUUCUGCCUGAUAUCUGCCUUUGGCCUUCAGUUUAUCAAGCAGGAGAUGACCAUCGCCCGCGCCCGGGUUUCCGACACCGAUCUGUCGGCAGGCAAGGAAAAGAUGAAAGUACGCUCCAUCUCGGAAAUGCGCACUAUCGAUGUUGGCCUGGAUGAAUUUGCCUUGGACCUGGAUAAGAGAGCUCCAUCGGGGAAGAAGCUUCCAAGAAAGACCAUUCUCAACCCAGUCAACACGACCUUCCAGGCUGGAAAGCUGAACAUCAUCAUGGGCCCUUCGGGCAGCGGCAAGACUUCCCUUCUGAACGCCAUGGCCUUGCGACUUCGCAACAGCAUCGGCACGCGGUACCUGCCGUCCGGCAAGCUGACUUUCAACGGAGCUGCUCCGUCCAACGCGGUGAUCCGUUCCGUGUGCUCCUAUGUUUGUCAGGAUGAUGAUGCGCUAUUGCCGUCUCUGACUGUUCGCGAAACUCUUCGAUUCUCAGCUGGUCUCCGCCUACCCUCACACAUGAGCAAGGACGAAAAGUGCCGACGCGCGGAGGAAGUGCUCCUUAAGAUGGGUCUUAAGGACUGCGCGGAUAACCUCGUCGGAAACGAGCUGGUCAAGGGUAUUUCUGGCGGCGAGAAGCGACGGGUCACCAUCGCCGUACAGCUUCUCAGCGAUCCCCGAGUGCUCCUUUUGGAUGAGCCUACCAGUGGUCUAGACGCCUUUACGGCCAAUUCCAUCAUGGAAGUGUUGCAAGGUCUCGCCAACGAAGGCCGGACGCUCAUCUUGACUAUCCACCAAGCUCGUUCCGACCUGUUCCAGCACUUCGGCAACGUCCUUCUCCUCGCUAGAGGUGGCUCCGCAGCGUACGCCGGGCCAGCAAAAGACAUGCUGGCGUAUUUCACCCGCCAGGGAUUUGAGUGUCCUGCGCACAGCAACCCUGCCGACUUUGCACUUGAUCUCAUCACCAUCGACCUGCAACACGAGCAGAGAGAAGCUGAGAGCCGUGAAAAGGUCAGAAAGCUUGUCGAGGCAUGGCGAACACAAUCUGGCAGCGACCUUCAAGAAACGUUGGAUAAGCGCCUCCCGGGCAUCGAAGAAGGCGAAGAGGGCAACUCCACGAAGUCGGUAAAGACGCAAAGCCUUGAUGCCAAAGCAGAUGAAGCUCAAGACGCCAUUACAAAAUCACCCUCUAAUGUUCCCUCCAUUCCCCGGAAAUCCUUCAACAAGGCGUCCCUGGCCACUCCUGCAGAACUAGGCGCCCUGGUCCGCAAACGCGCCUCCUUCGUCACGGCCUUUCCCAUCCUCUUGCAUCGAGGCCUCAUCAAUUUCCGCCGGCAGCCACCACUCCUCGUCGCACGCAUAGCGCAAGUGGUGUCCCUUGGCAUCGUCCUCGCUCUCUUCUUUGCACCGCUCAAGAAGGACUAUUUUUCGGUCCAGAACCGCAUGGGUUUCAUCCAAGAAAUCGCCGCCUUCUACUUCGUGGGGAUGCUGCAGAACGUCGCCGUGUUUCCCGCCGAGCGCGACGUCUUCUAUCGCGAGGACGACGACGGAGCGUACAGCGUGGAGGCCUUUCUUGCUGCCUACUCUGUCCUCGAGUUCCCGUUCGAAAUUAUUAGCUCCCUCAUCUUUGGUGUGCUGGCAGACUUCGCAGUCGGUCUCCCGCGGACGGUGGAGAUGUACUUUGUCUGCUCCUUUGCCUGCUUCGGCAUCGUUUCCUGCGGCGAGUCGGUGGGCAUCAUGUUCAACACGCUUUUCAAUCACACCGGUUUCGCCGUUAACAUCAUCUCCGUCUUGAUGUCGGUCGCAAACACUAUGGCGGGUAUCAUGUCUAUUGACAUGCCGCGGCUGUACAAGAUCUUCAACUACCUGUCUCCGAUUAGAUAUGCCACGCGCGCAGUCGCGCCGUACAGUCUACGAGGCAUCGAGUUUUCCUGUAAUGACGACCAGAGGCUGCCCAAUGGGCAGUGCCCAAUCGAGACGGGCGAGGAGGUUUUGCAGCUAUACAAGUUCAACGUCAACCCCAACGUCAACAUUGCGGCGUUGGCGGGGUGCGUCAUCAUCUACCGCAUUCUCCCCUUGACCAACGACGGCCCGCCGGCCUCGGCCCCGCGUCGCGCAUCGGCGUGGUGGUCCCUCCUCCCGGCCGCCCUCCUCCUGACAUACCUCCAUUCCCCGUCCGCGAUCCCAAUCCCCUCCUUCACCCACCCCAGCGCCGGCUCGUCCGCCGCGCCGGCCUGCCACCAGGUCGACCCCCUCUUCCCGACCCUCACUACCGCGGCCCUCUCCGACUUGGACAAGUUCCUCGACACGCCCAAGUUCCGCAACGAGACCAUCGCCCGUCUCUCCGGGGCCAUCCAGAUCCCCACCGAGUCCUUCGACAACUACGGCAAUGUCGGCGUGGAUGACCGCUGGGACAAGCUCUUCGCCUUCUCGGCGUACCUCAAAAAGACCUUCCCCAAGGUCCACGAGCAGCUCUCCCUCGAGCGCGUCAACACCCACGGCCUGCUCUACACCUGGACCGGCUCCGACGCCUCCCUCAAGCCGACCGUGCUGAUGGCCCACCAGGACACCGUCCCCGUCGCGCCCACCACCAUCGACAGCUGGACGCACCCGCCCUUCAGCGGCGCCUACGACGGCUACUUCGUCUGGGGCCGCGGCGCCAUGGACUGCAAGAACUCCCUCAUCGGCAUCCUCGAGUCCGUCGAGCUGCUCCUCGCCGCCGGCUUCGCCCCCAAGCGCACCGUCGUCCUCUCCUUCGGCUUCGACGAGGAGAUCUCCGGCGAGCGCGGCGCCGGCCACCUCGCCCCCUUCCUCCUCGAGCGCUACGGCAAAGACGGCGCCGCCAUCCUCAUCGACGAGGGCUCCGGCUUCGACUCCCAGUGGGGCCAGACCUUCGCCCUCCCCGGCACCGCCGAGAAGGGCUACAUCGACGUCGAGGUCGUCGUCCGCACCCCCGGCGGCCACUCCUCCAUCCCGCCCCCGCACACUGGCAUCGGCAUCCUCUCCGAGCUCGUCACCAAGAUCGAGGGCAGCCCCUACAAGCCCGAGCUCCUCGAGGGCAACCCGUACCUCGGCAAGCUGCAGUGCGGCGCCUCGUACGCCCCGGAGUUUCCCUCUAACCUGAAGAAGCUCCUCCCCUCGGGAAGCCAGAAGACAUGCAAGCGCAGGUCGGACAAGCUCGCCGAGGAGGCGGCCAAGGCCGGCCCGCAGGUGAAGUACCUCUUCACGACCUCGGUGGCGACGGACAUCAUCGAGGGCGGGGUCAAGAUCAACGCGCUGCCGGAGCGGGUGCGCGUCGUGGUCAACCACCGCGUCAACGUCGGCGACAGCACCGAGUCGGUCAAGAAGCACAUCGCCGCGCUGGUCGCGCCCGUCGCGGAGAAGUACAACCUGACGCUGCACGCGUUCGACGGCAAGGAGACGCCGUCGAGCAUUUCGCUGAGCGGGAACGACAAGAAGCUCGAGCCCGCGCCGGUGACGCCCACGAGCGUGGAGGGCGUGACGCCGUAUGGCGUGCUGAGCGGGACGACGAGGGCGCUGUAUGGCGAGGAGGUGGUUGUCUCGCCGGGGAUCAUGACGGGUAACACCGACACGAGGUACUACUGGGACUUGACGGCGCACAUUUUCAGGUUCUUGCCUGGGUAUGAUCCGGAGAGUGAUGAGUGGGCGGGUAUUCACACCGUGGAUGAGAAGACGAGUGUCAAGGGGCAUAUUAACUUGGUCAAGUGGUACACCUCGUUCUUGAGGAACGUUGACGAGGCGGAAUUUGCGUAA